UGUUGUAUUGAUAAAGUUGGUAUUUGGUCAUACCGGAAACCGGAAAUAUAGAUCAGCUGACCGCGGGAACUUGACGAUUCGAAUCAGUUACUUGCAAACAACCUCUGUGUCUAGACGUAUAACUUAGAACUAGAGACUUGAUUGAUAACCUAGUUGGUUGGAUACUCCCGACUAAAAGUAUGGAUGAAGACACAGACUUGGAUUAUGAAGAUUAUAUCUCAGACAAAGAUGAAACAGAACCACAAAAGACUGAAGCAAAACAUAUUAAUGGGGCAACUUUAGUAAAGAAACGCGGCCGUAGCUGUCCUCUGUGUAAAGGCAAGUUCACACACCCUAGAAGGCACACUCUUCGUUCACAUUUGCCAUGGUAUUUAUCUCCAAGUACGGCAUGCUGGAGUUGCAAACUUCAAUUUGGACAAGCAAGGUUCGUACAAAUACACAUGAUCGAAGUUCACUCCUCGGAUGAUGUUGGCUGUAAUUACACAGAAGAACAGUAUGAACAGAAGUGGGUUGAAUUGGUUAAUGGAUACUUAAAGCAAAUAUCAAAUGCAUUUGGAUUCAAAGAAGUUACACAAGCCUGUGAUUAUGUAAACCAAAACAAAAAAUAUAGAGAUUUAUGUCAUCAAUCCACCUUCCUUGAUGAAGACGUAUCUCCCAUUCUUUCAUUCAACCGUAUAAACCAUUUAGAACCGGAUACAGCCUAUAUGAAACCAUACCCAGCCGUCUCUCUAUCUUCUCUUCUCCAUUGGAAAGUACUUUCAUUACUUACUUUGGACUCGGGUUACCUUGAUAUAUCUACAGAACAACGUCUCCAACUAUACAUACCUCCAGUGAAAAUCAACUAUGUGGAUUCACAUUUUCAUUUGGAAAAAUUAAGAAGGAGAGUCGGAUCUUCUGACUUUCCGCAAUUCAACACUGAUAAAGACCGGAUAAAAAACUGUCUUCAAUUUGGAAUUUCAAAUUACUGUUUCCCUAAGAAAUGGCCAAGCAGUUCUGAACGCGAAAAAAUUAGAGAAGAUAAAAGGGUAAGAUUGACUUUCGGCUUACACCCUAGAACAGUUAACCAGGAAAGCCCAAGAACUCUACAGAUAUGGCUAGAGGACUUAGAGGGAUUGUUGGACUCCAAGAAAGUAGUUGCGGUAGGAGAAUGUGGGUUAGAUAUAACUGACAGACCAUCGUCAAAAGAUUUUGAAAAACAAAAAGAUAUCCUGAGAAAGCAGGCAAGAAUUGCAAAACAGAAAAGAUUACCUGUGGUCAUACAUUGUCGGGGAAACUAUGACACAUCCAACGAAUGCCUUAGAUGUCUCACAGACAACUUACCUGCAGACCAUCAUAUCCACAGACACUGCUUUAAUGGAUCGUAUGCGGAAUAUAUCAAAUGGAAAAUUGCAUUUCCAGAGGUAAAAUUUGGAAUAUCUCCUUUCCUACUCAAUGAGAUAAAAUACCCCCAAUUUAGGGAAUUAGUAUGCAAGAUGGAACUAAGGGACCUGCUAUUGGAAACAGACGCACCAUACCUACCAGGAGCAGAUGGAAGUACUGGUUCUCCAUUGUUGGUGAAAGAUUUGGCUGAAAAGAUAGCCAACCUCCACAACGUCUCCACAGAAGAGGUGGCUAGGAUAACAACAGAUAAUGCCAAGAAGUUAUACAAAAUAAAAGAACUAUAGAUAACAUAUAUGACUUUAUGUAUAGGAUAGGUUUUAGUGUACAGAAGGACAGAUUUUACCAUUGAUUGUUGGACAAUUUUGUGUUGCGAUAUUUUUAAUCUGUGGACAUAUUGUAUAUAGUCUUAUGGUGGAAUUAUAUGGAGAUGAUCACUCUUGCUGAAAACGGGGAGGAAUGUUGUAUUGAUAAAGUUGGUAUUUGGUCAUACCGGAAACCGGAAAUAUAGAUCAGCUGACCGCGGGAACUUGACGAUUCGAAUCAGUUACUUGCAAACAACCUCUGUGUCUAGACGUAUAACUUAGAACUAGAGACUUGAUUGAUAACCUAGUUGGUUGGAUACUCCCGACUAAAAGGUAACUCAUAUAUUCACACAUUCACACAUAUUCGUACAUUCACCA